AUGUCGUUUGAACCGCUUGGUUCAUCCGGCCGACAGGAGUCUACGUCACGCACGCGAACGUCACGCCCUACCACGCCACUUCGAGCAUCGUCGCGCUCGUCAUUCCGAGAAUCUGCCCGAGGUAGUGUUCUCGGUGACGCACAGUUUCCACUUAAUGCAUUCGAGCCAGCUUUUGCAGAACUUUCGGAGGCUAUGGCUGAUUUAGAGGCGAAUAUGAUGCACUUCCAGUUGAUGCAUGAAAGCCUCGCACGGUUUAGCGAGAGCUUCGCCAGCUUCAUGUACGGCUUGAAUAUGAACGCCUACUGCGUGGACUUUCCCGAGGGUCCCGUCUACGAAUCGUUUAAGAGAGUCAGGCAGAGGGAGGAAGCGGCAGGAGCCGACCAUGAGAUAGGCGGCCUGGCUGGAGGUGAGUAA